GCCCAUCUCUGGGGCGGAGCUGGUCACUAUUAGGUUGUGCUUAAGUCCCCCACCUCCAAGGCUCAGAUGGGUGCUGCCCCUUUAAGAAGCGCGGCCGGAACCGGCGACGGUCCCUUGCUUUGUGCGUGCUGGGGAUGGAGUUUGUAGACGGUCCCUGCAGCAUGGCUGCCGCCUCUGCCUCCUCGGCGUUUCAGGCACAGGAAAGCCGGGCCCGGGCUGGGGGCUCCAUGGGAUCCCUGAGGCUGCGGGGCCUGGGCCCAGUCACCAUGGACAGCUUCUUCUUCGGUUGUGAGCUGUCCGGGCAGGCUAGGUCCUACACCUUCAAGGUAGAGGAGGAGGACAACACGGAGCAUGUGCUGGCACUGACCAUGCUCUGCCUCACAGAAGAUGCUAAGGAAGAAUGCAAUAUUGUAGAGGUGGUGGCCCGAAACCAUGACAAUGAGGAAAUUGCUGUGCCACUGGCCAACCUGAAACUGUCCUGCCAGCCCAUGCUCAGCCUAGGUGAUUUCCCACUCCAGCCUCCAGUGACCUUCCACCUGAAGUCCGGCUCUGGUCCUGUGUGUGUCACCGGGCACCAGAUUGUGUCUAUGGAGGACAGUGAACUCUCAGAAGAGGAUGAGAGUGAAGACAGGGACCCAGAACUGCUGCCCAUUCUGCCUGCCAAGAAGCGGCAGGGGAGGCUAUAACUGGCAAAGGCCCACAGUUGUCUCUCCCUCCCACUCACAUGGUCCUGUUUCUCCUGGAUGUUUCAAAAAUGGUUUUUUUUUGGUUUUCUUGAUUU